CUCGAAUUAGCAGGAUUUUUUGGGCAUUAUACUAUACCCUAAGACUUAAUGAGUGAACCCUAGGUCCUAAUUAUCUAAAUCAUAAACUAUAUACUCUAAGAUGGUGCCUUCAUUUUUUUUGCCUAUAUUUGGACGAAUCAUAACCGUGGAUUAUUAUUUCUAAUUAAAUUGAUCUUGGGGUAUAAGAUUUAGAGAAUUAAGACCUAGAUUUUGAUCUUUAAGGGUUAGAGUAUAGUAUCAUGUCCGAAAGAUCAGUCACUUCAAGUUCUGGAUAACGUUUUCUUACUCAAGGUAUGCGGUACCCUGGAUUUCACCCAGGGUACGGUAGAACUUCCCAUAUAUAGGGAUUUUCGUUCUUAAAAAAUUUCUUAUAAUGCUAUAAUAAUAAUACUAAUUUUUUUUAAUAUUAUUAUGACUUUUUAUCGCACGCUAAAUAACUCAAGCUCCGUGCGUCUCGAAUCCUGACUCUACCCCUGCUAAUAUUAGGACACACUCAAAAAGUUAUUGGAAGCUAUCUUAUUCGAUCUUGAUUUUGUUUGUGGAAUUAGAUUUGAUCGACCACAUAAAUAUCAACAAAUUGAUCAGUUAAGUUUAGAAGCGAGCAUACCUUGUCCAUAUUAUAUCAAGCAAGACAAUAUAAUAUACAUCGAUUAAUUAGUUUAACGGAUCAUUAGAGUUUUGAACCACACCAACCCAACUAAACCAAAUUUAAACCAGUGAUUAAAUUGGUUAUCUUGGUUUUUCAACUCUAACAACACUAAUAAAGACUAAUUGUCUAAUUGAAUGCAUUCACGAAAUAGUUACUUUUUCUCCAAGAUUCGGUCAAAUUUGCCGUUUUGCGUAUUUUUGUUAGCGUUUUGCGUCUUUGGCCGGUAAGAAAAUUAAAGCAAACCCAACUAUCCAAGUUGCCGUUGAAGUUCGACCGCCACGUCAGCUCUUUUGAAGCUGGUGAAAAAUGGAAAUCAGUUGGCGGAAAUUCAUAAAACCCUUUACUCUCACUCUCACUCUCACUCUCACUCUCACUCUCUGCUUCUUUCAUUUCCGAUCACUCCACACUCGGUUUCACCAAGCGAGCUCACUUCUCACAGUUUCUACUUCUCUAUCACCUUCUCUCGGCUUGCCGAUUCCGAACUCCUGUAGCUGUAGCUUGGAUCUUCCGAAACGUCACGUUCUGUUACCGGCGCAUGCUCAACGGCUCGCCGGCGGCACUCGUCUCUGAUUGAUUAGGUAAGAGGUUGAGAGGGGUGGAGGAGAUUGGCCAAUUCAUACGAACGUGUCAUUUCUUGAGUUUCAGGUAUUUGGGAUGGACUAAGUUGGGAGACUGAUUGCUUAGGUGGGAACAAUAGUGAAGGAUUUUGUGGAUCAUGAAUUCAUCUUCGUCAGACCCGGGGAUGAAGCCUGGGUUAGGAGGAGCCGGGAGCAGCAGCGGCGGGGGAGAGAUUUCAGAAGCGGCCUUGGUUACUAACGAUCAGAUGUUGCUGUACAGAGGGUUGAAGAAAGCGAAGAAGGACAGGGGAUGUACUGCGAAAGAACGAAUCAGCAAGAUGCCUCCUUGUACUGCUGGGAAACGCAGUUCCAUUUACCGUGGAGUUACCAGGCAUAGAUGGACAGGUCGCUAUGAAGCUCAUCUUUGGGAUAAAACUACAUGGAAUCAAAACCAGAAUAAGAAGGGAAAACAAGUAUACUUAGGGGCAUAUGACGACGAGGAGGCUGCAGCUAGAGCAUAUGACCUUGCUGCCUUGAAAUAUUGGGGUCCUGGCACACUCAUCAAUUUUCCAGUUUCAGAUUAUACGAGAGAUCUUGAUGAAAUGCAGAAUGUCUCCCGGGAGGAAUACCUAGCCUCUCUUCGAAGAAAGAGUAGUGGGUUUUCAAGAGGUAUCUCCAAAUAUCGUGGGCUUUCCAGUAAUCAAUGGGACUUGUCGAUUGGUCGUAUGACCGGACCUGGCCACUUCAGUAAUGUGAACUACGGUGAUAAUGUUGAGAAUGAAUACAUUGGCGGUUUUUGCAUGGAUAGAAAGAUCGAUCUAACAUCUUACAUCAAAUGGUGGGCUCCCAGUAGAAUCCGUCAAGUAGACUCCAUCUCCAGAUCAUCCGAGGACCCAAUGCAUAGCUCUUCAGACGAUGUUGCCCGAGAACUCAGAACCUUGGAGUGGGCAGUACGGCCUACUCAACCAUUCCAGAUGCCCCAGCUAGGGUUUUCUUCUGAACCAAAGAAGCAUAAAGUUUCGGCCUUGAGCAUUCUCUCACAGUCUGCUGCUUACAAACACUUGCAAGACAAGGCAUCCAAAAGGACGGAAAAUAACGACGAAAAUGAAAACAAGAGGACGAUCAACAAGAUGGAUUAUGACAAAUCUGCUGUUGAUGACAAGUCGACUAUGAGUCAUGGCAAUAGUAGCAGCGUUAAUAGAGUUGGAGCUGGAUUAGGAGUGAGUCCAGAAGCAUUGUCUCUCCACAGGAACAUGUACCCGUUAACUUCAUUCCUGUCUGGUCAACUUGUGAACAACUACAAUGGCAGCGAUGACCCUUUGGCAGACCCUCUACUUUGGACAUCCCUGGUUCCUGUUCUUCCUUCUGGAAUGUCCAGAAACCCUGAGGUUACAAAGUCUGAAGCAAGCUCAACCUAUACGUUGUUCCAGCCAGAGUACUGAUCAUACUGCCAUAUCUUAUAGUAAUCUGGCCUAUGAAAAUUGCCGUGAUUAGCACUAACCUCAGUUUCUAACAGAACCCUUUCUUUAUAUCUUGAUUCUUGACAGUAAUGUGUAGUAUAUAAAGUUAAGAGCCUUCUCAGUGUUCUUCUGUUUGGAUUAGACAAAAUUUUCAAUCCUUGAACUAUUUACUGUAAAAUGGUUCUAAGUAAUGGUUAGUUAAGAUAGAAACAUCUUUGAAUCCCUCAAUCCAAAUUGUUUGACAAUCCUUGUUUGAACUCCUUUUGACCUCAAGGGCAAGAAAGAUUGGCUAAAGUG